AAUUGGGCGCGCCGUUUUUUUUAGUGAACGAACUAAACAACGGAACUCUCCUUCCGAAUCAUUUUUAUUUAAUUUUUUGUGAAUAUCCGUGAAAUGCUACAGGGUAAAUAGGAAAUGGGAGAUUGGAAAAUCACAAACAAUGCCUCGAAGGUUGAAACAGAGGAAAGGAAAGACUUCUGUCAACCAAGCUGAUUUUAAGCUUGGGGAUUUUGCUGACAAUCCUGCUGCUAAAUUGCCUUCCAGAGUGAGCAAGAAAACUUAUCAUAUCAAAUAUGAUAAGACUGACCUGAGGGAAGAGACCACAUCGCAAGUCAAGAGCAAACUGAUGACUCGGGAGCCAGAUUCAAAAGUUGAACAGAAAAAAGAGAAGAAGAUGAUCGAGGAAGACCUGGCGUGGGAUGAGCGAGAUUGGGAUGAAAAGGAUCUGUCAGACUUUGAGACUAAUGCCAGCUUUUCAACUCGCCGACAGUUUGAUGACGAGGACAAUGAGGAAGUAGCGGAGGAGGAUGUAGUGUUGCAGAGAGGAAAGAAAGCUUCCAAAAAGAAGAUGAAAAAGGAUCCUCCACCAGCCCAUGAGGGCACCAGAGUGUACCCCACAGAUCUCUGGUACGUUCUGGCUGAUUACAUCAGACCUGAAGACAUCACCACCUUCUCCUGUCUAUGUAAGGCAGCCUACAGUAUCACCAGGACAGUAUCGUUCUGGAAGAAAUUGUAUUCCAGAUACCUUAACUCCAGUACUGCCCUUCCACCUUAUCUUCAGCUAGGGGGGAAAAAGCAUACUCGUGGCCUUCGCGCAUUUGUCAUCCGUGCCCUCUACUUCCUGCACGAACCCUACAGACUUGCACUAAACGUGACCUCUCCUGUCGGAGAGGGUCGUUCCUCACCAGAGGCCAUCACAGAUUUCACUUGCCUUUAUACGUGGUCCUACGGUAAGCUCGGUCACCACUGCACGCACUUCAUGAAGCUACGAUUGUGCAACACAGAGGGCGCUGUGCCGCAUAUAGGCGCCUGCUACGAUCCCAGCGUCUUCGCUAAUGACAACCGUUGGGAAUGCAUCCUCCGGGUUCACUGCGAACACUUCCAGGAUGUGCCAUCCGCCAAGAUCAUGGGGCUGCAGUUGGUGAGGUCUUCGGUCAGCGUCAGCGCCAACAUGCGCCAUCAUCGGGUCAAACUAGAGUUUGGGAGAAAGGGUCGGAGGGGUUUGUACGUCAAGUCCAGCAUCGUCCCGGUCUUCCUGGAUCCCGUCUUGAAAGUGGACGUCCUGCACUGGUGGCAUCCACAGUUCAGGGAGAGUUCACAGAGGUCCAUCGAUAAAGCGGUUGCUGAGAAUGCAGCUAACUUGAGAGAGAAUAAUGUUUGGGAAGGACUAUAAAGUACAUGAGAUCAUAUUUUGAGCUGGAAAUAAUUAAUAGUCCUAUUAACUCUUAUCCUGCCAUAAUGAAUACAGCCUAAUGCCCCAGGGCUAAUCCCCAUUGUGCCAAGCCUCAAAUACCCCUGUGCCAAGUUAAUUUUGAGAUAAUCAGAUUAACGCGAUGGUACUAUCAAUAGCGCGUGUGUAACACUAGGCACAGUGUAAUGGGCAUGAACAAUAACUGCUAUUACGAAUGCGAGCAUGCAUGCACAAAGCAGAUAAGUGGUAGCUCGCUUGCAUGAAUGAAGCAACCAAUCGAUAGCGUGCAAGCAGCCUUAUUUUAUGGCAGGAUAUGAGUUAAAACCUGUACUGAAGGUUGGGGUAUUGCACUACUGGCAUCCUCAGUUAAUGGAGAGUUCAGAGAGGUCUAUUGAUAGGCAGUUGCUGAGAAUGUAGCUAACCUGAGGGAGAAUAAUUGUUUGGAAGGACUUUAACUCAAGGGAUCGCUGUUGAGAGAAAUAAUGUUUAUUUUAGAGAAACAUAUAAACUAUUUUAUAUAUGCCCUCAAGGCCCGUCAUGUGAGAGUUCAGAGAGGUCUUUCGAAAAAGCAAUUGCCAAAAACGCAGCGCACCUGAGGGAAAAUAAUAUUUGGGAAGAACUAUCCAUUCAUGGGAUGGAUAUGUGAUAAAUAGCCUUUGUUUCCCCUUUUCAAAGAAUACUUUCACCUGUGUAUCAUGGAGUGCACUGCUUGUGCAUGAAUGAAUAAUGAUUACAAAACCUUUACCUGCUCAUGCUCAGACUUCAACUAGCAACUGGCUUACCGGUAUUGUAUUGGGUUUGGGUUCAAGUUGAGAUUUAGUUUAGGUUUAUAGUUAGGAUCGGGGCUAGGUAUCUCCACUUCAACUUGCCUUUGAGUGAUUGGGGACAGACGUUCCUGUUUCCCACCUCUUCAUAACUUGUACAUUUUAUCAUUUUAAUUUCGAUAUAGUUCUAGCUUAAUGUGUAUUUUCAUUACCUAUGAGAGAAAUAAUGUUUAUUUUAGAGAAAUAUAUAAACUAUUCUAUAUAUGCCCUCAAGGCCCGUCAUGUGAGAGUUCAGAGAGGUCUUUCGAUAAAGCAGUUGCCAAAAAUGCAGCGCACCUGAGGGAAAAUAAUGUUUGGGAAGAACUAUCCAUUCAUGGGAUCACUUUUGAAAGAAAUGUUUAUCAGACAGAACUUCUGAAACUAUCCUAUGUAUGCCAUCUCUCUGUAAUUUGAUUGUUAUCCUAUGUUCUGGCCUUUCAUCUUGGUACUGUAGAUCCAACUGUUAUGGCCGUAUAUGUAUUUUAUGUGAAAUUGUUAAUGGAAUCCUUUCAUAUGGCAAGAGCCUGAAGCGCAUAAACCCGUACCAUUAGUGCUAAGUUAAUGAGAGCAUGUUUGGGUCUUGUGAAUUUUCGCCUGCUUUGAUGAAAAGAACAUAAUAGCUAUCAAAUUUUAUUUCUAUUUCCCUUUAUCUUCUUUGCAGCAACAGUACUUUUACUUUAACAUUGCUUAAAUGAUACAUAUUAUGAGAUUCCUUAGAUGAAAUAAGCUUGGUUUUACCAGAAUAUUUAACAGUAUUUUCAUUAUUAGGAUUUAUCAAAAGAAUAUGAAAAACUACCAACAGCAAAGAGGAAUUUUUGCUUAGAAAUCAUUAUGUGUUAUGACCAGCAAGAUUACCAGGAACACAGGUGAAUUUUUUUUUUAAUGGCAUGUAUGCAUUUUUACUGCGUGAUGGAUAUAAGCGCUAUAUAAGUGGCCGUUAUUAAUAAUGAUUUAGAACAAAUUGGUUGUACGUACCAUUGGUAUCCAAAUGUAAUCGUUAUUGAAAUCUCAUUUACUUCUAAGUAUUUCACUGUUGCCUUUUGCUUUCCUAUUGUGCAAUCAUUGUUUUUAAUUUUUUUAAUAGGGGAAAUUAUUCUCUAUAUUUUACUGCCAUAUUGUAUCUUCAUUACUCAGGCACAACCGUGCCCCUGAAAUGGGUCAUGAACGAGUAUUAAAUCUAAUUCAUUCUGACCUUUAUGAUGUUGAUGAUUAUGUAUUAUGUUAGCAUGUUAACUGAAACUGAAAUAGUACCCCCACACCCCACAAAAAACAAAAAAACAAAAAACAAACAGAAAGAUAGAAAAAAAGUGGAUUAAUGAAACCAGUUAAUUCAUGAAGAAUAUAUACAGUGGAACCUCCUUAUAAAGGGCUCUGAUAUAACAAGGUAUCUGUAAUAACUAGGUGAUUCUGUUGGUCCCAACUCUUUAUAUUCUCUUGAUUUUAUUUACCCUGAUAUAACAAGAUUCCUCAUACAACAAGGUAAUGUCCAGGAUCCCUAGGCCCUCGUUAUAUCAAGGUUCCGCUGUAUACAUUUUUUGUCUGCAAGAAGACUGGUAACGUUUCAAUUCCUCCUGUAGUGUGCAUAAUUUUAGAGGAGUAAUCUCAAAGUAAUCAAAUAUCAUUGGCACCACUCGUAGAAUCGUACUUCCCGCUGCCUUCUAAACUGAUCAAUGAUCGUUCAAAGUACAUUUUUAUUUUUUAGAUGUUUUAAUUAUUUUAUGUAACAGAUAUAGCCAUGCAUAUUAUGGCAUAGGCAUUUUAUUACAGUAUACAUUUUGUUUUAUCUUACCACAUGCAUAUGACUUGGUCUCCCACAAAUUAUAAGACGUCAAAUUAACCCUUUGCGAAUGGGAACUGCCUGGUCCCUGUAUUUAAUAUGUGAGAAUGAGAGAUUCGAUAUUCAAAGGGGUUAGCAUGGUCUUCAACGGUAUAGUUGGUGAUGAUAUCAUAUGCAAUAUGAUUGUAAAAGAUAUGAGGUAUGGAAAUAUGUGUAAAGAGAUAUAUACUCUAUUGAACUCAAUAAAGCAAAUCAAUAGUUUUUGAGA